UCGUGUUCAGAAUUCACAUUUACUGUUUAAGGAUUUUAUAAAAUGGGGAGAAAUAUUUAUUCCAAGUUUUCCAUAGUGUUAUUACUUUAUUUUCAAAUUUCGUUGCAAAUUUCGCUGGAUGAAUUUGUAAGUUUGACCAGUAGUCAGAAAGCAGCACUGGAUCAGUUUCGUGAUGCAGUUAGCUCCAAACUCCCACACGAAUAUAUGAGGGAAGAUGUAUAUUUAAUGCGCUGGUUGAGAGAACAAAAUUUUGACGUGUUGGGAGCAACAAAUCGUGUUUUAAAAGAUAUUCAGUGGAGAGAGGACAACGAUAUCGACCACAUUUUACAGGAAGACUGGUCCGAUUACGACCGUGAGUUUCGAGUCCUUGUUGAAGGCUGUGAUAAAACGGGACGACCCGUCCUCUCACUUCCGGUCGGCGAUUGGGACCUGCGCCGCGCCAUCGUCGCAGGCCAGUCGGAUCGUCUCAUGCGAUAUUUCAGCAAACUGUACGAAGAGGCAGCCAUGGUGACGAGAUGGUUUCAGAAAAAUGAGCAAAGAGCUGUCCAAGCAACAAUGAUUUUUGACAUGGGAAAUUUCAACCUAAUUCAACAGGGAUGUGCACGAUGUAUACCAAUAUUUUUCCACAUUUUGGCCGUUUAUGAGCAACACUAUCCAUACUUUGCACAUCGGUGUAUCGCUAUAAACACUCCAGAAUUUGCACUCCCAAUUUACGACAUCUUCAAAGGAAUCUUGUCCAAGCAUUCGACCGAAAUUUUACACAUUUUUGGCAGAAACAAGAAAAAGUGGGGGAAAUUUUUAAUGGAAGAAAUUGACGAGUCCCAACUUUCGAAAAAUUUGGGUGGAAUAAAUGUGGAAACUUUAGAUUACGGGGAUUUUAGAGGGAUGAAUACUUCAUUGUAUACUUGUGCCUACUUGGAUAGCCUUCGUAAUUAGGGAAUUUUUUGAAUCUACCCGGUUUCUUAUUGUAAACAAUAAAAUAGUAAUUCCGUGUAAUUAUCAAAUAAUUUCCAUUGGAAGCAUUGCCAUCUUCUUCAACAGAAGCAAGUUUUUGGAUCAGUUGUGCAGAAAUGUCUGUCAUUUUCUUGACCAAUUCGCGUAUCCAAACACGGAUCAAAAGACAUACACUCUUAGCAACUUGGUAAAGAAUUCCUAAUAAGCGUCUUUACCGAGCUCUUGGUAAUUACGCGUCCUACAAAAAGUAUACGGGAUUAUUACCGUAUCAAUACCAAACGGGUAACUAGCCUUCCACCGCAAUAUUUUAAGCUAUCUUUAUAAUUUUGGUAAUAAAUUUCUACCAGCUAGUAAUAAUGUCGUUCAAACUUAUAUAGCACUCUUUACCAUAAUUUUAAUCAAGUGCAGUACAAAUUUUUUCCGUUGUGGUGCUGAUGAGAUCUACAUUUUGGUGUAGUUUAUUACCACAGAGGUAAGAAUUUUAAUACAUUUUGUAUGAAUUGUGAGACGCUACGCAGCGGCGCUUUUUUCAGUUUUAGUUUCCGCUCAGCUCAACUCAAGUCAACAUGCCGAAAUAAUCCCCGUGUCCAAUUCCAAAUUCUGCAUGUGGGAAAAACUGAUAAAAAGUUUUGGAAAUUAAAUAGGAUUUUAGGAAACAGUGAAACGAAAAUUUGAGUUGGAAAUCGGAGCAGAGAUUUUUCUGCAAGACGACCAAGGGGGCGGAGAUCGACGACGAAGUAUUCCUAUCCUUGCUGAAAACCUUAUAACCCAAAACUUUGAAUUCUUUGUCAAAGGCGAAAUACAAACCGAAGUAAAAUUGGAUCCGGCCUGUCCAGUUUCAUCAAUAAUUUACGUUGCACGUCAUGAUGAGACGUCGAUAUCCAGUAAUGGUUUCCGAAAAACCCAAAUUUCCAAUGAGGUUGAUAUUUUCAGUCAGAUUGUAAACGCUGCAACGACUGAGAGCGCUGAAAUUUCCGUUUAGUAGCAGAGUGCAAUCAGAAAAACUGCUUCGAUAAACCGUCGUCGACAACUUUAGUUAAUGAAUUGGUUGCGUAGUUAUGUAAUUGAGACUUUCUCCUACAACCUCCGACCAGAAACACUUAACAGCUGUAAUAAUUAAGCUACUGCCUUCAUUGAGAUGUUCUAAGUCAGGGGACGGUCUGGACAUUUUAUUUGAUGACGUCAACCGAUGUGGACUCAUCCAAAAUCGACGAUUUAUCAGAAUUUGAAGGGGGAAUAGAAGAAUAAAUAUGUAAAUAUGUAUAUGUAUGUAUGUAACUCAAUAGUUUGCAUUAUUCUUAAAUUUUGUAAUUAUGUAAGUAUGUUUUAAAAUGAUUUUA